ACUCCACAACACCACAACACCCCCAUCACCACUUCCACCAUAUUCCACCACCACCCACAACACCAACCUCCCUCAACAACAACACUCCCAACCCACUGACUACCCCUGUCUCACCACCUCCUACCACCACCACCACUCCCCACUCAAAUCAAUACACCACCUCUACCAGCACCACCACUACCAACAGAAGUUCUCAACCACAUCACACUCCCUACACUACACCUCCACACUGCACUCCACACAUCCAUACACACUACUCCACUUCAUCGGCCCUGAAAUCCUCUCUACUUACAUUCCUCUAUGUCUCUCCGGCUGCACACCCUCCUAUCUACUCCACCACCAGCACCUCGCCACUCCACCACUAACACCACACUACAUCCACCACACCACCAUCUCCACCACCAAGCCAUUCCUCUCCAUGACCUCCACAACCAUACCAUCUCCACCACACCACCACCACUCCCCAUCAAACUCCACCACUACCACGCUUAACUACCAACCCCCAACACCAAUCAAGCCACCAUCCACGCACCACACACCUCCAUCACCUACCUCUCCCUUCCACACACCCACCACCCUAAUCGACGUUGGCCAAUGUAAUAUAACUCUAUAUCUCAUUAGAUCCAUUAUUCGAAAUCCUUGA